UUGGUCGGAGACCUCGAGACACGAUGAACACGUAUGAGGAGUCAGACGAGGAGGUGCUGUCGGACACGGACAUCCAGAGGAGCAUCGAGGAGUCCUGCCUCUCCAGUCUGCAGACCGGCGGCGCCCACCUCACACUACAGGCUGCUGGAGUGCAAGUCCCCCCUGGUGGUGGUCUGGAGACGGCACUGACCCGGGCCGUGGCGGCCGGUCUGGUGGAGAACGUCCGGGUUCUGCUGGACCGUGGAGCCUCACCACUCAACACAACAGCAGGAGUGAGAGCCUCUGCUGUUAGCGGUGCGGGGGGCUCCUAUAAGGUGACCCAGGUGCUGCUCUCCAGGGGGUCCUGGGUGGGGCAGCCGGGCCCCCGGGGUUGGACGGCGCUCCACGAGGCGGCGCGGCAGGGGGGCGCCGAGGUGCUGCUUCUGCUGCUGCGGUCCGGGGCGCCGGUCGCCCUGACGACCACCGGGGGGCGGACCGCCCUAGCCGUGGCCGCCGAGCCCACACGGCCAAGCCCACACGGCCAAGCCCACAUCGCCGAGAUCCUCCUCAACUGUGGCAGCAGGGUGAACUCCCAGGCGCUGAGCGGCGAGAGCGUGCUGAUGGCGGCCGCGGGCGCCGGGGACCCCUCCCUCGUCCGGCUGCUCCUGGACAACGGAGCCAACCCCGACCUCCCCAGCGGCACCGGACACCUGCCCGUCCACAAGGCCGCCUACGCAGGACACUACCGGGUGCUGGAGAUGCUGCUCCCGCUGACCUGCCCCCGGAGCAUCAAGGCGGCUGGUCAGAGCCCGCUGCACUCGGCGGCGGCCGGUGGCCACGCCCGCUGCCUGCGGCUGCUACUCGCCAGUGGCGCCGAUGUCAACUAUCGCAUGAGUGCCCGCCACUCGGGGAACCACCGGGACUUGCGACGCAGUGCGCUCUACUACGCCGUCUCAAACGGCGAUGCCGGUUGCACCCGUGCGCUGCUGGAGGCGGGGGCGCGGCCGGACCUGGACCCCCUGCAGUGCCUCCUGGUGGCGGUGCGGUCCGGGCGCCACGACCUCGCCCGGCUGCUGCUGCUGGCCCGCGCCGACGCCAACUGCUACUUCCGUGUGGUGAGCGACACGGUGUUCCCCACCGCGCUGCAGUACGCCCUCAAGGACGCCGCCAUGAUGCGCCUGCUGCUCAACCACGGCUACGAUGCGCGGAGCUGCUUCCUCUGUCACCACGGCGACAACGACGACCAGGGAGGCCACGCCCCCGGCCAGUCCCAGAGAUUGAGGUGUGGCUGCGGAGGCUGUGAGGGCGGCGCCGGCGCCCGGACCUGCUCCCUCUGGGACCACGAGGACCCCUGGCCCGCCGGGGACCAUGGAGACAAAGCCAUACCGUUCUGUGAGUUCAUGGGUCUGUGCUGCCUGGUGCACCUCUCGGGCCUGGUGGUCCGGACCCUGCUGGACUACGUGGGCCAGGUCUCCCUCUGCCCCCCGCUGAGGAGCCUGCUGCAGGGGCAGGGGGCCUGGGCCGACAUCUGCAGCAUCCUCAGGUCUCCUCGGUCUCUCGGACACAUCUGUCGUCUGAAGAUCCGCCGCUGCCUGACCCUCAAGAGACUCAACAACCCCGACGUCAUGAACUCUGACCUUUUCCCUCCAAGACUGCGCGACUACCUGCUGUACCGGGAGCUCGACCCACAGACAGUUUAGUUUUUACUAGGUUAGUAAAUGUUAUGCUUAGAUAAUAGGUUAAUGAUUAAGUUUAGGUUCUAGAUUAGAGAUUCAGUUUAGAUACUAGGUUUGUGAUGAUUACAUUUAGAUACUAGGUUAGAGAUGGUUAAAUUUAGAUACUAGGUUAGAGAUUAAGUUUAGAUACUAGUUUAGAGAUUAAGUUUAGAUUCUAGGUUUGAGAUUGUUAAAUUUAGAUACUAGGUUAGAGAUGGGGGCGUUUAGGUUGGGUUAGAGGUGCAUGUAUGGAGGAUGGGGUAACUGUGUGGGGUUACUGGGGGUUGGGUAGGCUGCAGAACCAAACUCACACCUGACAGCUGACAACUAUGAAUAGCUUUACUGGUGUGUGCGUGUGUGUGCGUGAGAUGGGUGUGUGUUAUAGGGUGCUUGUUCUAGUAAACAGACUGGAUUGGUGUCAUGUAUACUGUAUGAUGUAUUGGUGUAAUAUAUACUGUAUGAUGAUGUAGUGGUGUAAUAUACACUGUAUGAUAAUGUAUUUUAACCAUGUAUAAUUGAUCUUCAGGGGAAACGAUUGCAAACUAAACGCACAUCGCCCCCUACUGGAACCACGAUGCUACUUGCUAAACUACACUAGAUAACUGGGGUUAUCAAUAAUAUAACCUCAUUCUCGUCAAAGUCCACAAGCUUUAACUUACCUCAUGCGUCUCUUUAUGCUCCUCUUGGCUGGCAGUCAUCUUGUGGUCGUAUCAGCUUUACUGGAGUUAUCUCAUUCAGAGACAAGUAGUGGCACUAAUUAGAUCAAUAUAUAGCAUGAUUAAAUGAAACACACACAUGUCGCAUGUCAAUCAUCAGCACACAGGAGCCAGGUC